CUUCCCGUUGCAGGUUUUACCUCCAUCUCCCAAAGAUGACUUUCCUCCAAGGCCAGUGCGACGACGACUGCUACUCCUCCUGCAACUACGGGGGCCUCUACGGCUACCGGGGCUAUGACUGCGGGAGCCCCUGCAGCUACCGCGGCUACGGGAGCCUCUACGGCUCCCGCGGCCUCUAUGGCCUUGGGGACCGCUACGGCUACGGGAGCCUCUACGGCUACCGGGGCAUCUUCGACUCCGGGGACUGCUACGGCUCCAGGGGGCUCUACGGGGGCUACCGGGGCCUCUAUGGCUAUGGGGACUGCUAUGGAUACCCCGGGUUCUACUCCGGCCGCUACGGGUUCCCCUUUGGCUCCCGCUACGGCCGAAGGUUCAGCUUUGGGGGUUGCUACUAAAGCUGGAUGGAGCCACCUCAAAACCCAGCCCGGGUUUGGUGGGAUUGAUGGAGAGUCCAGCAGUGGAGACCGUGGCUGGGCAGAGUUUUGGGGACAAGAGGCAUGGCCGGGGUGCUCCGAGAGCUCUGCGCUGCUGCUGAAGGGAUGGAGGUGAUUUGCCUUCAUCCCACUGCCCCAGCUCUCCUCUCAACCCACAACUUCUCCUCAAUCCUCCAAGCAAACCGAAUUCCAUGUUUUUGGCUGUACAAAAAAUUGCUUCGGACUGGAUGAUUUGGGUGUUAUGUGACUUUGGGAGUGUGGUCUUUUCAUUCUGUAUCCUUUCAAAGUUAUCUCUGUGUUUCGUUUCUAUUAAAGAUUUCUUUUC